GGAGACCAGUUCCCAUCGAUUCUUCCAUGGCUCCAGCAGCGGUGACCAAGGAACUUGCAGAUCUGGUGGCCAGUUGUUUCUUUUUCCAGUAAAAGUCCUGCAUUUGGUGAUCUGUUAGAGCGUAGCUCUGACCGUGAGAGCUAGCAGGUAAGUAGAAAAAGAAGAGUACUUUGUCCAGAUCUGAAGGGAAUCAAAAUUUCUAACUCUCUCCUUUCCUCUGUGCGCGUCAGAUUGCCAAGCCCCCACAAUCUUUGCCACGAUUUUCUGCAGCAAGGUGAGAACACAAUCGCAGUUUUUUUUUUUACUUUUCCCCUCUCUUGCUGCUUUGUUAUUCAAGGAUCCAUAGAGAGUAUGCCUAUUAGAAGUAAAACUAUGUCAAAAUGUGUGCUUUUUUUCACUAGUUUCUUUUUUUUUCCUUUGUCGUGUGAUGCUCAGAUGGAUCUAGAUUCUACUCAUCAGUAUAUUGUCCAUCAACGAACUAGAACUUUGGGUGUUUUAGCUGUUGUGUUGGCAAUUAUUCGCUGGCGACGUCGUAUAAGAAAUAGACGACAUCCAAGGAAGUAUGGUCCAUUGGUGGAUAGAGAUUUGGUCAGGAAAACAAGAUUAGAUGAUUUGUACAAUGGGAGUGAUACAACUUGCAUCAGUCAGCUUCGGAUGAGGAAAGAAGUGUUCUGGAAACUUGCCUCCAAAUUACGUGAUAAUGGCCUACUAUGUGACACAAUCCAUGUCUCAGUGGAAGAACAAUUAGCUAUGUUCCUGCACACAGUUGGCCACAAUUUAAGAAAUCGUGUGAUUGGAUUCUAUGUCAUAAGAUCCAGUGAGACAGUGAGCCGGUACUUCAAUGAGGUGUUGAAAGCUUUAUGUUGUCUUGCUAAAGAUAUGAUACAAAUUAGGUCAAUAGAGACCCAUUCAAAGAUAGUUAGUAAUCCUGGCAGAUUCUACCCAUAUUUUGAGGAUUGCAUCGGGGCAUUGGAUGGCACACACAUCCCUGCAUUUGUCCCAGAGAAUAUAGUUAACAGGUUUAGAGGUCGCAAGUCCUAUCCAACUCAGAAUGUUCUUGCUGCGGUUGACUUUGAUUUGAGGUUUACCUAUGUUCUUGCUGGAUGGGAGGGUUCCGCACAUGACUUAGUGGUUCUCAAGGCUGCUCUUAGAAGAUCAAGUGGAAUUCAAAUACCUGAAGGCAAAUACUAUUUAGCCGAUGCAGGGUAUGCAGCAAGACCUGGUAUACUACCACCAUUUAGGGGUGUUCGAUACCACCUGAAAGAGUACGAAGGCGGGAAAUCACCAGAAACACCUCAAGAAUUAUUCAAUCUUCGACAUUCCUCCCUUCGCACAUCUGUUGAGAGAGCAUUUGGAACCUUAAAAAACCGUUUCAAAGUUCUUGCUAGCAAGCCUUUCUUUCCAUAUAAAGUCCAAGUGAAGAUAGUAAUAGCGUGUUGUGUACUGCAUAAUUGGAUCCUUGAUAAUGGUCCUGAUAACAUCAUAUAUGAUGAAGCUCGUUGGUAUAGUAAGCUACCUAGAUCAGCUAGAGUAGCGACAGAUUAUGGCGAGGAGCACCAACAGUGGGUAGAAUUUCGAGAAAAUCUAGCUAAUAUUAUGUGGGAGGAACAUUAACAGUGGUGUUGUAUGGCAUGGAUAUUGUUCUAUGACUGUUAGCUAUUUCUAAUGAAUUCUUCUUUCAGCUCUUCAUAUUAUAGCAUUUUCUACUUUAUGUUUUUUUGUUGGAUGCCAUUAUUACCUACUGUGCAUUGCUUUGUAGUUCAUAACAUGGAUAUAGGAGGAAGCAACAAACA